AUGGACAUCUGGCUAACUAAAAUUAUAAUGGAUCGCGGAUGUUGCUGGACUAAAGAGGUUCAACCUGUAUUACCAUCUGUAGGAAGAGAAUGGAUGAUGCUCCACUGUAUCCAUGUGUUUUCACAGUCUUCCCUGGCCAAGAUCGGCUUUCAUCUCUAUUACAAGUUGCCCUCAGUUGUGCCUGAGAGUUGCCUCCUUAUUCUGGUUGGAUUACUACUGGGUGGAAUUAUUUUUGGAGCUGAGGAAAAGUCCCCACCUGUAAUGAAGAGCGAUGUUUUUUUCUUGUAUCUUCUUCCACCAAUUGUACUCGAUGCUGGAUAUUUCAUGCCCACUCGUCUUUUCUUUGAGAACUUUGGUACUAUAUUCUGGUAUGCAGUAGUGGGCACACUCUGGAAUUCUGUCGGCAUUGGACUUUCCCUGUUUGGAAUUUGCCAGAUUGAAAUAUUUGGCUUGACUGAUAUCACUUUGCUGCAGAGUCUGCUCUUUGGCAGCUUAAUUUCAGCGGUGGAUCCUGUGGCCGUGCUGGCUGUUUUUGAAAAUAUUCAUGUCAAUGAACAGCUCUACAUCCUAGUGUUCGGAGAGUCUCUGUUGAAUGAUGCUAUAACUGUGGUCCUGUACAAUUUGUUCAAGACUUUCUGCCAGAUGCACACAAUUGAGACCAUUGACAUAUUUGCUGGAAUCGCUAAAUUCUUUGUAGUGGGGAUCGGUGGAGUGUUGAUUGGAAUCUUUUUGGGAUUUGUGGCAGCAUUUACAACCCGCUUCACCCACAAAAUCCGAGUGAUUGAGCCACUUUUUGUCUUCCUCUAUAGUUACCUGUCAUACAUAACAGCUGAAAUGUUUCACCUCUCAGGCAUUAUGGCGAUAACAGCUUGUGCCAUGACCAUGAAUAAGUAUGUGGAGGAGAAUGUUUCCCAGAAGUCCUACACAACCAUAAAGUAUUUCAUGAAGAUGCUGAGCAGUGUCAGCGAGACCCUGAUCUUUAUUUUCAUGGGAGUGUCCACAGUUGGAAAAAACCAUGAAUGGAAUUGGGCCUUUGUUAGCUUCACUCUCCUCUUCUGUUUGAUCUGGCGGGCCCUGGGUGUUUUUGUUUUGACUCAGAUCAUUAACAUGUUCCGGACAAUUCCUCUAACUUUUAAGGACCAAUUCAUUAUUGCCUAUGGAGGUCUCCGAGGAGCCAUCUGUUUUUCUUUAGUAUUUUUGCUUCCUGUUGCUGUGAUCCCCAGAAAGAAAUUGUUCAUUACUGCUACUAUUGUGGUGAUAUUCUUUACCGUUUUCAUUCAGGGAAUAACAAUUCGUCCACUGGUGGAGUUUCUUGACGUUAAAAGAUCAAAUAAGAAGCAGCCAGCUGUCAGUGAAGAAAUUUACAAUCGGUUCUUUGAUCACGUGAAGACUGGAAUUGAAGACGUAUGUGGGCACUGGGGUCACAACUUUUGGAAAGACAAGUUUAAAAAAUUUGACAAUAAGUUCCUGCGGAGGCUUCUAAUCCGGGAGAACCAGCCCAAAUCCAGCAUUGUGUCCUUGUACAAGAAGCUAGAAAUCAAACAUGCCAUUGAGAUGGCAGAAAGUGGGAUGAUAAGUACAGUGCCAUCCUCAGCUUCUCUCAAUGAUUAUGAGGAAAAUAUAGUAAGGCCUCUAUCCCCAGAUGAAAUGAAUAACAUGCGAGAAAUAUUAACAAAGAAUCUCUAUCAAAUACGACAUCGAACGAUGUCUUAUAACAGACAUAGCCUGGCUGCAGAUUCAAGUGAAAAACAAGCCAAAGAAAUUCUGAUCCGUCGACGGCACAGCCUGAGGGAGAGUGUAAAGAAAACCCACAGCCUGAAUAGAAACAGACCGGCUAUCACCAAAACAACACGGUUUCUGUCAUUGCCUAAAGACACAAAACUGCCAGAGAAAUUACGAAUAAGGAAUAAGAAAUCUUUUAGAGUAGGGGAUGACAGCAGUGACUCUGAACUGGAGGCUCCUACCACAGUGCUCAAUUUAAAACCCAGAGCACGAAACAUUUUGCAAGACCAGAGGCAUCAGCAGCCUCAGCAGCAGUUUAGGAUGGAGUUGAGGAAUGAAGUUAAUGGAGACCAUGAAGGAAGGGGAGAUCACAGAGAAGCAGCCUAUGAAACUCACGCGUCCAGAGGGUACAGACAACCACUGUUGUCGAGACCAAGAUUUGGAACACUGAGUGAAGAAAAUGUGACUGAAGAUGUUAGAUCAGCAAGACCAACGCCACCUCCACGAUUAGUCAGGUGGGCAUCAGAUGCUGAAAGGCAUAACAACAAAUCUGAGAAUCAGACAUACUGAAAACAUAUGAAGUAACUAUCAAUAAUAAAUCAUAGAUUUUAAAAUAGUAUUCUCAACUAUCUGACUGAAGAAUGGAAUCUAUUUUAAAAACGUUGUGUGGAUCCUUUGGGAUUUUUGCCCAUAUCAUUAAUUAGCUGGAUGAAAUACUAAACCCGAGACACAAAAGAAAAUGGCUUUUCAGAGUUACUUUUAGCAGUGCUCUGACAAUUAUGUUCUUUUUACUACUUCCUUCCAUUACACCAGUUGUUCUGGAACCAAAUAACCGAGGUUUUCUAUUUAAUUAUCAAACUAAGAAUGUUUUUAAAAGCUCAUAUAAUGAAGAGAACCUUAAAAAAUAUUCUAUUACAUUUAAUGUUUUAUUUAUGAUCGAAUUUUGCUUGUCUAGAUCAGAUUUUUAAUGUGACUAGCACUGAAAAUUGCACUAUGUCCCUGUCCCAUAGACCUUACAAGACAAAGAAAUGUAUUGGUGCAGGCUAUUGUUAGAAUGACCAGUAAAGUAGGAUGUGGCAAGGGCUUGUGAAGGCUGGAACAGGGUCAGAAGAGGAGGACAUGGCUGCAGAAGCAGAUUCUGAAAUCUCAUUCAUGGGAAAUGGGCUGUAAAGUCAGGUGAAGGACAUUAGCUCCAGAUAAACUUAAAAAACAACAAAUGGUCUGGUAGCACUUUAUAGACUAACAAAACACUUAGAUGGUAUCAUGAACUUUCGUGGGCACAGCCCACUUCUUCAGAUGACAGGAGUUUU